AUGGCGUGUAUGAAGAUUGGGUCCAAAUCUAAAGCGUUUCACCAUGAUGGCCAAACUUGGCAAUGCACAACUGGGCUUCCAAGUGAUGUUACCAUUGAGUUUCCUUUGCUGUCAAGAAGUGGGCUACUGGAAAAGCUUAUUGGAGAAUUUGCCGGUGAUGAUGGAUCAGUUUGCAUUUUGCGACUUGAUGACAUACCUGGUGGAGCCAAAGCAUUUGAGCUCAUAGCCAAAUUCUGCUACGGUGUUAAAAUAGAACUCACCGCUUUAAAUGUGGUCAGCCUUAGAUGUGCAGCGGAGUACCUUCACAUGAGUGAAGAUCAUGGAGAGGAAAAUCUCACUGCACAAACAGAGGCCUUCCUCAAUGAAGUUUUUGGCAAUUGGUCAGACACAGUAAAGGCUCUGAAAACUUGCGAAGAAGUUCUAUCUUAUGCAGAGGAGCUUCACAUUAUCUCAAGAUGCAUCAACUCCUUGGCAAUGAAAGCUUGUUCCGAUCCAACCUUAUUUAAUUGGCCUGUGUCAGAGUGCAAUAACACUGAGAAUAAAUCCGGCAACCUCUUAUGGAAUGGAAUAUCUGCUUCAACAAAGCCACCUCCCAUUGGUGAUGACUGGUGGUAUGAGGAUGUGUCUUUCCUUGGUUUACCUCUCUACAGACGGCUUAUCCACGCUGUGGAACCAGGAGGCAUGAAGCCUGAGAAUGUUGCUGGAUCCCUCAUGUUUUAUGCUAAGAAAUAUAUUCCAUUGAUGAAUAGGCAACCAACUGCCCAGGAUACAAACCAAGUUAAACCUGGCUCAACUCUGUCCAACCCUUCCGAGGCAGAACAGAGGGCUCUCCUUGAAGAGAUUGUUGAGUUGCUUCCCAAUCAGAGAGAAGUUACACCAACUAAGUUUCUACUCAGGCUGCUCCGCACUGCUAUGAUCUUACAGGCAAGUCCAUCAUGCAGAGAAAACUUGGAGAAAAGGGUGGGGGAACAAUUAGAUCAAGCUGCAUUGGAAGAUCUACUGAUACCAAAUAUGGGCUACUCGGUGGAAACCUUAUAUGAUAUAGACUGCUUUCAGAGGAUUCUUGAUCAUUUUGUAUCAAUGGACCAGCCCAUGGCUGCAGCUUCUCCAUGUAUAGUUGACGAAGGGCAGUUGAUAGAAGGGGCCCAUUCGCUGGCAUCAGUAACAAUGGUGGCAAAUCUGGUGGAUGCAUAUCUUGCUGAAGUGGCACUGGAUGUUAAUUUGAAGUUCCCAAAAUUCCAGUCACUUGGGGCUGCCAUCCCUGAUUAUGCCAGGACAGGUUCUGAUGGCAUUUACCGCGCAAUUGAUAUAUUUCUGAAGGCACAUCCUUGGCUCACAGACUCUGAGCGAGAGCAAAUUUGCAGACUCAUGGACUGCCAGAAGCUUUCAUUAGAAGCCAGCACACAUGCAGCCCAGAAUGAGAGGCUACCUCUCAGAGUGAUUGUGCAAGUCCUAUUCUUUGAGCAACUUCGCUUGCGUACAUCAGUUUCUAGUUGGUUUUUUGUCCAUGACAAUCUUGAGAACUCGGAAAAUCCCAAUGUGGUUCUCGCACUCUCCAAAAAUGAUGCUUCCCACCACGAGGAUGUUGUACAAGAUAGAGGAUCUGGUAUGGAAGUUAUGAAGGAGCGUGUUUCCGAGCUUGAAAAAGAGUGCCAGAGCAUGAAACAGGAGAUUCAUAAGCUGGUGAAAACCAGGAGAAGUUGGAACAUAUUUUGCAGAAGAAAGUCACAGCACUGUCGAUCUUUAGAAUCAAAACCCUGCAAAAUAACUGCCCCACUGUCCUCUGUUAAUGAGCGACGAAAUCAUCAAAAUGGUGAGUUGGGCAAUUGA